AAGAACCAAUGUUAAAAAUUAUAAUUGAAGAAAAAGAAACACCGAUGCUGGUCGAUACAGGAGCAGCUUACACGUGUGUAAGUCCAAAUUAUGCAAAGCACCUCCCCAUGUCUGAUAAAUUCAUUUCAACAGUAGGGUUCUCGGGAAUAAGACAGCUAAUACAAAUGACAGCUCCUGUACGACUGGCAGCUGAUGAUGUUGAGAUAAAAAUACCAAUUCUUGUCUCUGACCAAACACCAAUUAACCUGUUGGGAAGACAAAUUAAAAAUUUGGUGUUCUCCUCAGGGUUUGUAUGUUGAUAAAACAGGCCUGGAUCUUCAAAUGUACAUGCAAACACAUGAAGCUAAUGUUUAUUGGCUAGGAGACAUUUCAGGCCCAGUUGAUAAUGUAGUCACUAACUGGGCCGGUACAUUAAAGCUCAAAUUCCAGAAGCCCGGAAACCUUUUCUAGAUUACCACUGCACCAUGUUCUAUGACAUUUCAAAGAGCAUGGAUUUCGAAGAAAAAUUGUACAGUUCUACAAAAGACAGAACUGUUAAUCUUGAAACACAAUGCAUUGUUAUUGGAAACCAUGGUGCAGCUUUAAAUGUGAAACAAAAUUAUUUCAUUUCAGAGUGGUACAAUGUUCCAGAAUCAGUACCACACAUUACAUUGUUUGUAAAUAAAGGAUUUCAUGCAAAAGAUCUGGGACCAGUGAUGAAACUUGCAACUGAAACAACAUGGGAGGAAACAGAUAACCCAUUAUUUUCACAAUCAUGUGAUGGAACAAUGAUCAAGAUCCUAUGUAAAGCGACAAUGACAGCAAAACCACAAGUUGUGACGGUGCCUGUUGAUCUUAAAGAUCGGUCUGAGGAAGAUGGUGCCUCUGAAGAUCAACCACUAAUGCAGGACAUGCUAAAACAUGGCUCUGAGCACUUAUUGUCUAAACAUGACACAGAUGUGAGCUUAGUAAAAUCUGCAGAGCCAGUCCCAGUUCAAAUAAAACCAAAUGCACGGUUUCCUUUUCACCAGUAAUACCCAUUAAAACCGGAAGCAGAACAAGGCAAUCAGAAAACCAUUGACGGAUUGAUGCAAGCAGGUGUGCUGGUGGAAGUAAAAAGCCAAUGUAACACUCCAAUUUUUCCAGUUCUGAAAGCAGACAAAAACAAAUACCGUCUUGUUCAUGACUUAAGAGAAAUAAACAAGAUAAUAGUAGAUGCAGAAUCGAAUGUGCCAAAUCCAAACACUCUUUUAAAUUCAGUACCAACUGAAGCUCGUUUUUUUACUGUUAUUGAUCUCUGUUCAGCAUUUUUCAGCAUUCCGCUAGCAUAAGAGUCACAACAUUUACUCGCAUUUACAUACAGAGGUAAAAAACCCAGUUAUACCCGAUUGCCUCAAGGGUUUAAACUCAGCCCGCACAUAUUUAAUCAGGUGCUAAAAAAUUAUUUGGAAGGACUCCAUUUAACCGGAACUGUGUUACAGUAUGUGGAUGAUUUGUUAAUCUGCGGAAACACACUAAAUGACUGUCAUCAAGACUCAAUCAAUGUUCUACAAAGAUUAGUAGAGGGAGGACACAAGGUCUCCAAACAAUAACUACAGUAUUGUCAACCACAGGUAGAUUAUCUAGAAGGACAAAUAUCACAAGGAACAGUUGGCAUUUCACCUUCUCAACUGGAAGGUGUCAGCAAAGCUCCAAGACCACGGACAGUCGGCGAAAUUAUGACAUUUUUGGGAAUGACAGGAUUCAAUGCAGACUGGAUUGAAAACAAUGUGGAAAAAACAGCACCGCUUAGAGAACUCAUAAAAGAAACAGGAAACCAGUCGUUGAAAGCAGUGUUAAAAUGCACAACUGAAGCUAAAAUAGCUUUUGAAACACUAAAACAGGAAAUGCAAGUGGCACCAACUUUGGCAUUGCCAGACUACGACAAAUAAUUUUACCUGUAUGUAGCCAACAGGAAAAACAUGUACGCCUCAGCUGUACUAAUGCAAGAAACCUGUGUAGGACGACGAAAGCAAGCAAUUGCUUAUUACAGCACUAAACUAGACAAUGUGGCCCAAGGUUGGCCACCAUGUUAUCAAGGUCUAGCAGCAGUCUACUACGCUCAUAAAAAUAAAAAAUCACAGAACUGAUAAACCAAGGAAAGUUUGUGAUGACUCAGCCAAGAUGUUGUUUACAGUACAUGCCACUUUUAACAUAUCCAGAUGUAACUGUGCAAAGGUGCACAACGAACAACCCUGCCGACAUGGUACCUCUGGACUGUGAAGGAGAACCACAUGAGUGACUUGCAGAAACAAUGAAAUUCACAAGACUGAGACCCGAUUUAGAGUCAACUCCGAUAAUGAACGCGGAAGUCACUUAUUUUGUUGACGGGUCAUGUUUCAGAGAUCAUCUUGGAAACCACGUAGGUUAUGCCGUGGUAGAACAAGUAGGAGACAAUCUUGUAACAGUCAAAGCAGAAAAAUGAGAGCAACCGUGCUCAGCUCAAAAAGCAGAACUAAAAGCAUUGACAAAAGCGUGCAAACUAGCAAAAGGAAAAGAAGCAAACAUAUACACAGACUCGGCUUAUGCCCAUGGGGUGUGUUAUCUGUUCGCUGCUGUUUGGAAACAAAGAGGUUUCAAAAGAGCAGACGGCAGUCCAGUACUACAUUAAGAACAGUUAAAAGAACUGAUUACAUCAAUGAUGUUGCCAUCAAGGCUGGCAAUAAUUAAAUGCAACGCCCAUCGUAAAGGUAAUGAUUUGAUCAUUAUGGGAAACAAUGCUGCAGAUGAGGCAGCAAAACUAGUAUCUAAGCGCCAGAUGGCUAUCUUGGCACCAGUGGUCACCUUGGAACCAAUGGUGACACCAGAAGACAUAAUUUUGAUGCAGCAGGAGGCAGGUGCGACUGAGCACGCUCUCUGGGCGCAAAGAGGUGCGACAAUGAGUGAAAGUGGUUUGUGGCGAUCACAAAGUGGACAUUUGGUUGCACCAGUAGCAUUGCUGACAAUGUUGAUCUCAGAAGCCCAUCGUUUGGAUCACUGUGGUAGAGGUAAAGUGAUGGAGAAGUUGAAAAGGCAAGGUUAUUGGUCACCUUACAUGCAAGCAAUGGUGGAUGAAAUCUUGAGCCAAUGUGAAAUAUGUGCACAAAACAAUGUUCGUAAAGGCAUAAAAUCACCGAUUGGACACAUUCUGGUCCCUGAGGGACCCUUUAAACAUCUUGUGAUAGAUUAUGUUGACAUGAGAAAGCAGGUACAAGGGAAAAGAUACAUGUUGGUGGUGAUUGAUCGGUUCAGCCGAUGGGUUGAAGCAGUCCCAUCAAAGACAUUGGGGGCUGAUACAGUGAUUAAGUUUCUGACAAGAGAGGUGAUUUCGAGAUUUGGCAUCCCAUCAGAAAUCAGUUCAGAUAAUGGUUCAGCAUUUAUCCAAAAGGUUUUGAAAGGGGUUUUGUCAAAGCUAAGAAUUAAACAACGUUUUGGAGCAAUUUACCACCCGCAGAGUCAGGGUAUUGUAGAGAGAAUCAAUGGAACUUUAAAAGCUAAGCUGAAUAAAAUCUGUGCUUCUACUAAACUAAACUGGAUUGACGCUUUGCCGCUUGCGCUAAUGAGCUAUCCCAUGCAGUUGCACCAAAGCACACAUUUAACCCUGCAUGAAAUGCUAACAGGCAGAACAAUGCCAGUGCCUGAAUGGAGGCUUCCAUUCAAAGGCCCGGCACUUGAACAGCUACAAACAGAGUUGAAAGCAUAUAUGGAUAAACUAACUGCUAUCCAUAGAGCUAUCUAUCUGCAGGAAAAAGACAGAAGUUCAGAGUCGGUGGUGAAGAGACCAGUCAAACCAGGAGACCUGGUGUACGUGAAGGUGUUCAGGCUACGUGUCCCAGAGGGACAUCCGUCUCCCACGGGGCAGCAGCUCCUCACGCUGGGUCCUGGAAAGACGGAAGUACCGCUGGGAGUGACCAUCAUCGAGAUGCAGCUACAGGUGGUUGUAGUCGCCCAACCGGCACCUGUCGACCCCAUAGCUGCUGACUCCGUCGUCAAGAGUCCUCCUGCUGCUGCUUCUGCUGUUUCCUCUGUUGCUGUUCCCCGUUGUCUCUAUCACUACCUCCACGACACUCAGCUGGCUCCUCGGGUUAAGCUUUUAGCUGCUGCUUCCGGCGCUGCUGCAUCUGUCUCCUCCACGUCAGUUGCUCCUGCUGCACCUGCUGAUCCGACCGCUGCUGCUACUAAGCCCGCCAUAGCUCCAGCCUCAGCUCCUUUUGCUGUUACGGCUUCUGCCGCUGCUGUCUCUGCCGCAUCUUCCUUUGCGUCAUCGUUGGCGGAAACCUCAACCCCGCCGCCCGGUCCCCCCAGCGCAGAAGCCGAGUCCGCCGGCACAGGACCUCCCUCCAUGCCCAGCCAGACGCUGCCACUGCUGACGCGCCAACUGGAGCUGACGUCACCUCUCUUCCCCUGGCGGGUCAGCCGGAUACAGUUGCUGCCGCUAUUCGGGAGAGUCCAUCUAUUGCACCCCGGACCCAUGAGAACCAGUUAUGGGAUUUAUUUUACGGGGAUAGCGAGGACCUGUUUCCUGCCCAGCCUGCAGCCAAAGACCCAGUUCCAGCCCAGCCUGCAGCCAAAGACCCAGUUCCUGCCCAACCUUUCCCUCCCAUGCCUUCCUUUGCUCGCCCUGUUGGGGUAG